CUUGAAGCGAAACAGAUAUCACGCCGCAAGCUUUUAUAAAAGGAGUUUCUCGCUGAUAUCAAAAAUGCAAACCAUUCAGAGUCUUUUUCUACCAUGGAUAAUGGUAUUUCUGGUAGAAGGUCAAUCCCCAAAUGUCCCAUGUUCAUUGACUCAAAACUUUGUGAAGUUUAGUCCCAGCGGUAAAUUCGCGGGAUGCAGACCGUGCCCAGAGUGUCCUGAGGGUCACGGGCUGAACAUACAAUGCGGCUCAUCGAUACUAGAAGAUACAAAGAUACGAUGUGUGCCCUGUGAAAAUAUUAAGACCUACUCUAACAGUCAUGGGGUGGAAAGCUGCAAACCUUGCCAGGAGUGUGGUCUACUAAAUGUCCUUCAAGAAUGUACCACAGAACGUAAUCGCAAAUGUGGACAUAAGUGUCCCAAAGGAUAUUUCUAUGAUGGCCGCAUCACUGGCUGCAGAGAAACUACGCCAGCAACAGUCACAACCACAACUUUGUCAAUGGAGCCUAGUCCUAGCAUCUGGCCGACAAGUACCUCGACAAGUACAGUGUCGUCGAUUCCAAACAUAGAGUCAACCCAUUCAAAGCUAAUGAGCGUUUUGUCUGCAGAAACUCUAGGGUCUAUCGAAGUUCCACUGGUAGUAGAAAACCAUUCCUCCACAAGUGUAGAAUCCACACCAAGCGUCAUACCACAACCAUCUUCAUUGUAUCGUGGAACUACUUCAACUUCGAUACCUGGAAAUAUGGAAGUUUCUUUGCCAGGGAGAAACGAAGCCGCUGCAACAGUAUUAGUAACAAUGUUAGUAACGAUAGUGUUGAUCGUCAUCUUAACACCGACUGCAAUAGUUUGCCGGAAUAAGUGCAGAAUGUCCAAGAAGAGAAGGCCAAAGCAGAAAGGUAGGAUUAAACUAGAAUAAAUGAUAACAGAAAAGGCAUGAGUCAAGGGUUCGACAUAUCCUAAGCGACCAGGGGUCUUGGCUUGAUGACCCCUUUGAUUAUAAGCAAUUACUGGUCCCUUUAUGACAUCUUCGGAAAAUUUUCCUUCGCAAUACGGCGGAUAUUAUGAUUAAAGCCUAAUUCGUCAAUGGUUAACCCACCCUGUGUUGAUUAUGAAGGUGUGGAAAGAUAAAAUUUACAUACAAAGAGUUGAAAAGCUUCUGCGAAUAGAAAAGUGUUAUUAUCUUUCUUUUCACUUGGACGACCCUAUGAGGUUGGAAUCAUUCUUUGUCUGUGUAGGGGUCAGUGGAGAAGAUCGCCAAAUUGAGUGGGCAAAAAGAGACUUCGUCGGACAUAGCCUGUCCACUGCCACCACUGACCUAGCGUAAGGAAUACAGAUCGUUUCUAAAGGGAUUUUGAACCUGUUGUUGCAGAUGCUGCUGAAGUAUUAAGUAACCUCUUAUCAGUUACUGAGGGUUUACCGAACUGCCCUUUGCCAGGUAAGAUUAAGAAGCUUGCUAUUCGUUUACUAGGAAAAAGGCUAUGCUGUAGACGUGAUCGGAGUUCCAGCCCCAAAAUUAUGUUACCGCUACUCAGAUAAUUGGCAAACCUUGAAUUCUGUGUACAUUUUUCAUUGCAUCAAGGAGUAUUUUACUUUUUUCCUCUGUGAACCCGAUCUUCGUGUUCUUCCCAGUGUACUACCACAACUUUCCAAACUUUUGAGAAUUUUUUGGCUCUUCAAAAGGGUUACACAUUUGUCAACGGGAAUAUUACUUUUAUUGUAUGAUUAGUAGUACCGUAUAGAGAUGUUGAUAGCCAGGUCUCCUUAAAAAAGGCAGAAGAGGGACAAGGCUCGUGAUGUUGAAGUGCAUCCCUAGUUAAAGAAAAGAAGGAUUGUGUAGGUGCCCCCUGGGCAGUGGUAUCGACUGAAAUGUUGUGCGAAAAAAUACGCCCUUUUUAUCUCUUUUUCGUACU